CUCGCUGCUGUCGAUCGGUACAUGAGAUCGUUCCCAUCUGUGCUUGUUUUGGUUAUGGUGGUGAGAGAGGUCCGAUAUCUGGGGCCAGCGAAGUGAUCAUUCAGUGAUAAAAGUGGUUUUUUUUUGUGUUAAAAUGGCGGCGCCUGGAGUUUUCGAUUUAGAAUUGCAAGAGGAAGACGCCAUAGAAUGUGACCAGUCCGACGACGAUGCCAUUGAAGUGGAAGAAGUAAGAGAAUCCCACUUCUUUACCCAUUACAGCCAUGACGAAAUCUGGGGGGCAAAAAAACCCUCGAGCCAGUAUGAACAGGGACCUGACAUCAAUGCAAUUCUUCAAUCAGAGGGUAUUGAAACCCUACAGCUGUCAGAUAGUACUGUUAAUCCUGGAGCAGAGAAGGCACGACCCUCAGACUUUCAGCUUCUGAAGGUGUUGGGCAAAGGGGGAUAUGGAAAAGUCUUUCAGGUCAGGAAAAUGACUGGAGGCAAGAGAGGCAAAAUAUUUGCCAUGAAGGUUUUAAAAAAGGCAACUAUAGUUCGCAAUCAGAAGGAUACAGCACAUACCAAAGCCGAAAGAAAUAUUCUUGAGGCUGUUAAGCACCCUUUUAUUGUAGACCUUGUUUAUGCAUUCCAAACUGGUGGAAAGUUGUAUCUUAUCUUGGAGUAUUUGUCUGGUGGAGAGCUCUUCAUGCACUUGGAAAGAGAAGGCAUCUUUAUGGAAGAUACUGCCUGCUUCUAUUUAUCUGAAAUUAUCCUUGCUUUAGAGCAUCUUCACAUGGAAGGCAUUAUCUACAGGGAUUUGAAGCCUGAAAAUAUCCUCUUGGACCAUGUAGGGCAUGUAAAAUUGACAGAUUUUGGUCUCUGCAAAGAGAAGAUUCAGGAUGACUCUGUAACACACACAUUCUGCGGUACUAUUGAGUACAUGGCUCCUGAGAUUUUAACACGGACAGGGCAUGCCAAAGCUGUCGACUGGUGGUCCUUAGGGGCACUUAUGUAUGACAUGUUAACCGGAGCUCCACCUUUUACUGCAGAGAACCGGAAGAAAACCAUAGAAAAAAUUUUGAAAGGGAAGCUCAACUUACCUCCUUAUUUGACACCAGAUGCAAGAGAUCUUAUCCGGAAGUUAUUAAAAAGACAAGUCAGUCAGCGCUUAGGUAGUGGACCAGAUGAUGGAGAACCCAUUAAAAGGCAUCUUUUCUUCAAACAUAUUAACUGGGAUGAUGUCUUGCAUCGCAAAUUAGAUCCCCCCUUUAAACCUGUUUUGAGUGGAGAGGAUGAUGUUAGCCAGUUUGACAGCAAAUUCACAAAGCAAACCCCUGUUGACUCACCGGAUGAUAAUAUGCUAAGUGAAAGUGCAAAUAUGGUCUUUGAGGGCUUUACGUAUGUUGCUCCAUCAGUUUUAGAAGAGAUGGCGCGCCCCAGUGUUGUGAAGGCUCGCUCACCUAGGAAGCCUUAUACACCAAACUCUGCUGGACCUUUUUCACCUCGUGUUGGGGCCCUACAAAACCCCUUCACUUUCGCAAAUGGAGCAGACAGUGCAUCAUCAGGACACUAUGAACAGAUGGAUACUAGCAAUUGCAUACAACCUGUGUCCCAAAAUCAGCACAUACAACACAGCCAGAACCACAUGUCGCAGCGACACCAACCCCAACAGACUUCAUUUAAUUGGAAGCAUUAACCUCUAUGCCCCUUAGGAGAUCAUCAAAAUAUUGAGCUGUAGCUUUCCUUCUUUGAUGCUUAUGUUCCCUUCAGCAUAUUUAGCAUAUGGCUGCAGUUUUCUUUAGUUGCAGCUGCAUCCAGUGCCUACUUCCGACUAGCACUGGUCUAGUAUGAAAUAAUAGUACAGUAUCAUUGCUAAGAAGUUAGCCUUCAUCAUUAUGUUGUAACAGUAUUUAAGCCAAUAUUUAAGCAGAGUUAUAAUAUAAUUGUCGCAACUAAUUGGUAGUUGUAUUUUAUGAUAAUCAUCUUGGCAUGCAGUGAAAAUGAAAUUAGUUGUGCCUUUUUUUUUAUCAUUGUGAGUUUUGCUUUUUUUAUUGUGCUUUCUUAAGGGUGCUGGUUAUCAACUUUGAGACUCUCUUCUUUGCCAGCAAGCUUGUUAAGUCAAGAAAGCCCAUUGUUAGACGUUUUAAUGAUACCCUUCUCCAUGGUUUUUGACAGGGUGUGAGAUGACCAGUUUGUGAGUCUGUGCAAGCAUUAGGUGGCCUUCCAGCCUGCUUAGACUAAGGAAGAGCAAUUGCAAUGUAUAGAAGUUUUUUUUUUUUGUUGGAUGUGAUAUUGCAUGGUAUUUUUCAUGCAUGGGCAAGGUAAUUUUUUCAUUUAUGUGAUGUAUUACAGAAAUGAGGAAUCUUUUGGACUGCUGCACUGUCAGCCCUCCUCCUUAAGUUUUGCUUAUGUUUUCGGUGUGUUGAUGUAUCGUCAGUCACCUUAGUCUUAUUAUUAUGGUGAAUGAUUGUUGACCUGGAAGUUGGAUAUCUGCACUCUGUUGUGUCCUAGAAUUAAGAAAUGUUUAAGUGCUUUCAGACUGAUUAGAAUAGGCAUUGUAAUUUCAGUUUUAGUAUAGAAUAGUGCAAUGUAUAACAAAUAUCAUGAUUGAUUUAAUCUUGCACCUUAAUGACAUUUAUAUCAGAACAGGUAAGUGUUUUGACUUCAGAACUUUUUUUUUUCUUCUUUUUUUUCAUGCUAUUAAGUCUGAUGAGGCUGAUGAAAAAGUUCCUUUCCAUGGUAAGUUAUAAUUUCAGUAUCUUGUGUAAAAGUUAGGUGAACUCACACUUUGUGUGGUACUGCUAUGCAGCUGUAAGCAGAGGUACUACCUGGUUGUCAUAGCUAAUUGGAAGAGCUGUUUACUGUAUUAUAGUGGUGUUUUUGGAUAGUUAUCUGAUGACAUAAAUACUGAUCAAAUUUGACUAUGAUUCAAGAUAUUGUUAAUUGUUUCUUUUCUAAAAGUUACAGUUUUUGUGUCUUGAUAGAGGAUUUCCACUCAUGUAGAAUUAUUAACGAUAAACUAAAAUAGCAGACUUAGAUAGCCUUGAGUGCAUUGUAUUUCAUUACUGGAUUAUAUUAAUGAAUCUAACAAGACCUUGUCACUGCAGAAGGUGAGGAUAGGGUUUUAAGCUGUUUUGCUUUGCAGGGAAGAGGUUGCAUUCUUGAAAAUACUGUAGAUUAUAAAUAGUAUAGUAAUUUGUAGAGGUCAGUCUUUAUGUUUGGGCAGGUGCUAAUUCAGUAUUUAUUUAAUCAGUGUCCAGAUGAAACUAGCAGAUAUUGUAUUGUUAUUUAGGUUACAGGUUUUAAUAAAAGUAGUAGCAAGGAUCGUUUAUUGAAGGUUGAUACAUUAAUAGAAUUUUAAUUAGAAUUAUAUCCUUUUCAUUUCUUCCUUUAAAUUAUGAUUGAUAAAGAGCAUAAUUGUGCUUUGUAAGCUGACCCAGUUUAGUGUUUAUCUAGAUCACCCUUGUCUCUGAGAAAGUUUCAUGAAUUUAGUUAUUUGAUGGUUGUACCAAAUUUACAUAACAGACAAGUUUCAUUUGAUAGUAAAAUCAUGUCAUCAGCCCAAUGUCAUGAUCAUAUUAUCAUAAGUGGAUUAAUAAUGAAUGCUUAAAUGAAGUAAUGUGUUAGCCUUGUGCCAUCAGCUCUCCUUAGAAAUGAGGCCCCCCUUUUUUUGUACAUCUCAUGCAUCAUGUAUUAUCAUUAUUUUUCUGUGAUGAACUGGACAUGACAGAAAGUAAUAGACGUAGAUGGUUUCUCUAAAAAAUAUUUUUAUAGAAAGGUUUAUGGGUACAGCCAUAAAUCUUAGGGUAAUUCAAGGCACAAAUUUAUAAUAAUAAUUGCCUCCUAGUGUUAGAUUUUUGGACAUUUAAUUUUUCAAAUAUUUUUAGGAGUUCAGUACGCCACAAGUUGUUAACUUUCUACCUUAACUGCGUCGCAAAGUGUGUGUGAGAAGUGUUCUGCUUGAGAAGUAUGGGUUUGAAUUUGUAUUUCACUUUUCAUAGCCAAUAAGAACUGUAUGUAAAAUAAGAAAUGAUGUAAGGUAUUCUAAUUAGUUGUGGGGUCUUAUUCUUAUUCAUUUUUGCGAAAAUCAUUAGACAAGCACCGAGUUGAGUUAAUUCAUUACUGAGUAGCAAGAGUGUCUGUACAGUAGAGUAGAUAUUUGAGGCAGGUGUAGAUAUGUUACUUCAUUGGCUGUAAGACAGCUAUAAGUAGAUUGUAAUGAAUGCCUGAAAUUUUGUAUUUUGGAAUUUUGACAUAGAUUUACGUUUGUAUAUAAAAAGGAAAAUUUUGUCUUCACUAGAAACAGUGUUUGGUAUCUGCUAGGGUUAACCUCUAGCUUACCCAUUAAUGCCUUGUAUGAUCAAGAUCGGAUGGAUAAAGUGUAUUGCAAGUUAAAAUUGACAUUUAUCUUGGGAAAAGAUUAAAUGUAAUAAAAAAUUAAGUUUAGUAUAACUGACAUGAAAUAUCUUGAGGGUUAGCUCCUCAGAACUAUGUAUGUAGCUCUGGUGUAAUGCUAAUAGAUUAUUCUUAUUUUGUCUUAUAAAAAGCUAUAGCAUCAUUUAUUGCUUACAAUAUAGCAUAUAAAAAGCUAUAGCAUCAUUUAAUGCAUACAGUAUACUAGCUACAUUUGGAUCAGAAGUUGCAGCUGCUACUUUUCCAAGAUAUUUUAUCUUUGGUUGAAUGAGAGUCAUUUCUCAGGAGUGCUGGUAAACAAGCAUUCGUACAUUUUGCAAUUCAUUUAUGUAAUCAAGAGGAGUAGGAUGGUCAUUUAGAUGUUUAUCCCUUUGCAGUCUUAAUAGCUUAUCUUGAUACUGAGGUAGUCAUCGAUAUUUUCAUAUAUGCUAUUUGAAAUAGUUUGAUCAAGCCAUUUUACUAGAUGUUUAAGCAUUAACCCCAAGAAAAAAAAAUAGUGUGGUUACUGGAAGUGCUGUGUCCCAUUUAAGGUGUAGCUUUUGUUCACAUGGAACACCAUACAGGGUACUUCUUGAGAAUAUACUGCAGGUAGUACCUAUUUUUAGAAUGGUAGGGUUUUGAAAUGAUUAACUAUUUUGUCUUAUAGUUAACAUUUCUUGUCAAGUGAAAGUACUCUGAGGCUAUUACAGUAUAUGAAGAAGUGUGUUUUUCUAAGCAGACAAUUCUCAGAUGGUAAAUAGUAGUUCUUUAACUUUCACCAGAAAACCCCUUUCCAAAAUGUGACUUUAUUUCAUGAGUCAGUUUUGAUUUCAUAUUGUUAUUUUUUCCUUAAUUUUAUCAUUUCAUGGAGUGAUGAAGACAGUGUUUAGCUUCAUGCCCUUCUUUAUCUAUGGUUAUGCACAGAAAGCAUAUCAUGUAUGGUGAGUGGUUAAUGAUUCAGAGCAUGAAUAGGUUUGGUAUGAAUGUGUUUUUACAAAUGGUGUUGCCCUUUUUGGGAACUGAUAAGGAUUGCUACCAAUUGGAAUGUUAUGCUCAUAAACUGAAGGUAUACUUUGGAAUGAAGAGGAAGUGUUUUGCUCUGCACAAUUUCAUUGUUUUGUUUUUACUAAUUAGAUUGUUUGUCUACAAUACUGGGUAAGUGAUUUGAUGAACCUUUUUUUUUUCUUUUUGUAUUUGAUUGAAUUCAGAGCAGGAAUUACUGUUUUCAUUCCAGCUUCAGCUCAGUUGUUUAGUUAUUACUACAUGUUUAAACAAAAUGAGAAGUUAUUAAAGGCAGUCCAGCUACUGUACUAAUAACAAUGGUUUCUCUGCUGUUUAUUAUUUAAUUAAUUGGACAGGAACGUAUGCAUAUUUUGGACAAUUUCAGAAGGGAAUUCCAGUUAUAGAAGUAGCACAUACGGAUGUUAUACCUUUUGUGGCGAGUAGAGUAGAAAUUUGGGUUGAUGUAGUAUUCCUGUUUACCUUAUGAUCAUAGGGUUAAUCUUGUUGCAACUAGUGGUCAUCCAAGUUUGUGCGUUUUGAGAUAAUGGUCACCUAUGUCACAUCCUGUUUCUUGUCAAGUGUUGUGAAACGUAUUGAAGCAAAAUAACCAGACUCCCUUUUUUAUGGAAAUAUGAUGCAAAGUGGAGAGGUUGGUGAGAAAAGUAUAUAUGUAUAUAGUUGUGUGUUAAUAUUUGUUAGUGAUUUUUACAAUCAUACUGGCUACCUUUCAUAUAGGCACAAGAUUUUUGGUAUGUGAAUGCAAUUCCCAAAGAUAGGUCCCCUGAGUAUAAUGUGCUGAAUUUAGUUAAGUGGUAAUGAUAAUGAAAGUGUAUUUAUUAUUAUUUUAUUUAUAAUUGCUACUAUUAUGAAUAUUGAUAUAAUUAUUAUUGUAUUGUGAUCACUUAUCUUUUCUUAAUAUUUGAUAUAUUUAUCAGUUUUGGUUUACUUUGAUUGCAUAGUACUGUAUCAGCAUUAGAUAUUAACUAUUUAUUGUCAUGAGCAUCCCAAUUAUUAUGCAUUGAUUUAAUCCUAGGCACAGUAGAUUAUUUAGCUUUAUGUGAUUGUUAAUUUUCAUUCUUAGUCAGUGUUCUUAGAAAUGUAGGGAGUAAUAUGGUUUAGAGAGUACUAAUGAAUAAACCUCCAGCUCCAUAUCAUAGUUUUAGAGUCGAGGACCUUGACAAUGAAAGGGAAAUGCUGAAGAAACCAAGAAUAUUUAUCUCUUUUUGUAUAUACAUACAAUAUAAAUAUUUUUUGCACGUAGUCCAUUUUCCCUAGUUCUUCCAGUUGUGGCUUUAUCAGCAUGUUAUACAAUAAGUGCAUUCCUUUUUCAUUUAGGGGGUUGGGAGGGAGGGAAGGCUAAGAAAAUUUAUCUUUAAAUUAUGACUGCGGUGGAGUGAACAGGUCACGGAAUGUCACAAAGUCCUCUAAAGUUUGAGUAAUGGCAACUGUUCUUAUAACCAACCUCUCAUAUUCUGUAAAAGGGAUUGAAGCAAAGUAACUGUAUAUCCUCAUUAACUUCCUUGUCCAUAACCACUUCAACAUCCUGUUUGGCAUUUGUGGUUUGUAGCCUCUUGUUUAGCUAUGCAAAAAAGAAUUGUGACAGGUAAGAGUGUUUUUUUUCAGUGCUUGCUCAAAUUGAACCAAAUGAGUAUGUUCAUUGUAAGGUGCUGAAAUCUUGCAUUAAAGCUAGCCUAAUCUAUUGCUGUACCAGUUCACCAUUUACUGCAAAACUUAGCUCUUUUUGAAGUAGUCAUAAAUAUUUGUUAGAACUACUUUUUCUGGAAGCUGUAUCAGCUACCAGUAAUGCUUUGAAGCUUGGGAAAAGGAACCUAGUAUCAGGGCAUUUUUACACUUAUGUGAAAUUUAUUGCAGAAAAGAUUUACACUACAUAGAUAGUUUGGGUGUUUAGCAGUUGCAAAUGCUUUAUUUUGAAUUUGUUUGAUAUUUAUUUCAAAUUUUUUCUAUUUUAAAGUGGUUAUGAAUUAUGGGUUUAGGGAAUACGCAGUCUUUUAAAGGCUUUGUUGGAGUUAAUUUUAGUUAUAUUUUUAAUGUCGUCCUAUUUGAGAUAAAUAAGUAAAGAAAAUCUCAUAUUUUCUCCACUCAAGUUUAUGUACAUCUGUAAUUCCUCAAGGAAUAUAAGAAAAUAUUGGUUGCUCAUUUUUUUCAGGACUUCUAGGGAUACUAGUUUAUUAGUGUAUUCUGAGCAGGGUUCUUGAAAAUUCGACGAAUGCAGAUGCAUGAGUAAGAGCUUGAAACAAUGAACUCUUAACUUUGACCAGCAUUGUACAUGUAAUUUAAGGAUGAGGUCAAAGGUCAGAAGUUGUCAUAAAUGUAUUUGCAUCUGUUUAUUUGCUUUUCAGCUUUUAAGUUUUCAAGGAAAUGGGAAGUAUGGACUUUGUUGCUGAAUUCAUACCUAAUUUAUUGAGAGGAAAGCUUCUUUUUUUUAAAGGUAUUCUUUGAAUUUAACAUUAAUUUUAAUAGGGCAAUUGUAUACCAUUAAUUCAUUUGUUCUUUUUAUGAAUGGUAGAAAUGUUUUAAAUGGUCCUGGAGGCCGUUGUAGGCUUUAAGUUACCUGGUCCUGGAGGCCUGUUUUGCUGUAUGAUAUUGUAUCAGGUUUCGUGUAAUGUUUAUGGAAGUCGACUUCUUGUCCUAAAAGAUAAGGCAAUAUUUUAUAUAUAACUUUAUGAUAUAACUUUUGAGAGUUGAACGUGAUUUGAGUGAGUGAUGUGGUACUCAUGGGGUUUGAUGUGAAGUGGCUGUUCUUGGCAAGGUUAUAAUAUUUGUUUCUGGGGCAUUCCUUCAGGAUUGAUGCAUUUUGUCAUCAUGCUGUUUGUGUCUUCCUUUUGUUUAGUUACUCUAAUAUCACUAGUGGACAUUUUCCUAUGUUAUCAAAUCAGUUGAGUUAAUAUAGUACGUACUACAUUACAUAGAUAACUAUAUUCCCUGGUUUGGCAAAAGUAUUAGUAAAAAUGUAUAAAGUUCAUCAACAUAUGCAGAUAGUAAAUGAGGGUUUUAUGUUUUUUAUUUUUUUAUUUUUUUAUUUUUUUUAAUGUUUUCAUUUAGGUUUUCUUGAAAAAUUUUUUCCAAACAUAUUUUGUUGUAGUCUGAAUUCAUUUCAGUAAAUCAUUCAGUUUGGCAUUUUCUUGUAUUUCAUAUAAUGGAUAGAAAUCCUUGUAUCAGUUUCCUGCUUACAUUCUCAUCAUCUUUCUAAUCUAAGAGCUAUCUUGCCUGAGUAAUUGGCAUCAACAGAUUGUUGACAAAAGCAGAUUUUAGCAAGGGAAAUGCACCUGAGGACAUAAUGGAAAUAUUUAUCUUCUGUGAAUAUAAAGGGGGUUAGUGCUCUAUUUGAUUUUUUCCAGAGUAUUUUUCAAACAACUUAACUCCUUAAGGCCAGUUGCCAACAGUCCUUUGUAUUUUAGAAGGAUAUUAUGCUCAUGUGACGAUCAUACUCAGUAAUGUAGUUUUACCAGCCUGUUAGAUAUGAACUUACAAGACCUUUAUGCUUGCUCUAUAGCCAUUACCAAACAGUUUGACCUUUAAAGGCCACUCAGCAGAGCAGCCAGGUCAAAAAAUACAAUACAUACAUAUAUAUAUAAUAUAUAUAUAUAUAUUCAUAUAUAUAGUUCUAUACAGUAUAUACAGCAUCUAUAUAUUAUAUUGCUGUGUAGGCUUCAUGGGGCUGAUUGAUCUUUAUGUGGGAAGUGCUGGUGUAUUUUUUUUUAUUUGUUGAGUUGGGAAAUGAUGUGUGUGGUGUGAGUUUUUGUGUAAAGGAAGAUUGUUUACCAUACCGUAGGGGGACAAGGGUCCCGUUUCCCUUGUAUCAAACGGUUGUGCCUUUUUUGUAUGUGAAUAAUGUGUGUAAAUGUCAUGUAUACAUUAUUCCUUAUUGUAUAUUUCUUGGAAUGCAAAGCAAUACCAAUAUCUAUAUGCUAAUCUUUUUUGUCAAAAUAUUUGAAAUUAAAUGCGGAGAGUAGAUGCAGUUUUCUAACAUUUUUAGCCCAUGUGGCUUUAAUUAACCAUGUAUAAGUAAUCUUUUUGUUUUUGGAAUUAAAGAUUGUUUUUAGAGUUA